AUGGACAAAUACCUCUCAAACGAGGUGCCCCCCAUCCCCAUGAUGCCAGACAAGAAGUACCGUCGGGAAAGCGCCUCGGUGGUGGACGAGUUCUUCUCCACGGAGAAGCCCCCGGCCGCUCCCUACAGCGUGAACAUCAACGUCAUCCUGCCCGACACCACCCACCUCCGCACCGGCCUCUACCGCCCCCCCAAACCCCUGGCACCCUUCCCACAGAUCAAAACGGAGCCUGGCACCUCCUUCCCCCAGCCCUGCUCCUCUGCCUCCACGCAGACCCUCCCCGACUUCACCAGCGUCUUCAGCAUGCCCCAGUCGGUGUCGGUGGCGGUGAACAACAUCUUCAUCAAGCAGGAGAUGCCCUCAGAGAUCCCUUUGCCCACCCCUCCGCAGCAGUCUCAGCUGUACCAGAUGCCCCUCGGCGGCGCCGACAUGAGCACCCUGACCUCCUCCUCCUCCUCCAACAGCACCACGGCCAUCAACAGCCUCAGUGGUGUCACCAUGGCCACGGGCAACACCAUGUCCAGCGUGGUGCCCAGACCCGUGCAGCCAGGAGGGCCGGUGAAGCAGUACCCACAUGUCUCCCAGGGACAGGGAAACUUCAACAUCUCGGGGCAGUUCUACCCUGCUCCAGGGGUGAACUUGCCCCCUUCGCCCCCCAACUCGCAGCCUGGCAGCCCAGAAAAUCAACCCGAGCUCAUCAACACCAUCUCUCCCCCGCCAUCCUACGAAGCCACUUUUGGACUCAAGUUGGUCCAGUCAUCCCAGGUCUCCCCAGUCCCCAAUGGUCUUGGGACCCUCUCCCAAGGGCACGUUGUCAUGCAGCCCCCCAAGUACAACAGACGCAACAACCCUGAGCUGGAGAAAAGGAGGAUCCACCACUGUGAUUACCCAGGUUGCUCCAAAGUUUAUACCAAGAGCUCCCACCUGAAGGCACAUCAGAGGACUCACACAG